AUGGACGAGGCUCGCAAGGGUGACGCUGCACUCAGCGCAAGCAAUUAUGAAGAAGCUAUCCAGCACCUCACCAACGCUCUUUCCUCGAACCCGACUGCAGUCAAGUACUAUAUCAGUCGCUCUACAGCUUAUCAGCGCUCUUCAAAGUACGCCGAAGCCCUCGCGGAUGCCGAAGUUGCUGUCGUUCUCGCACACAAACGCGCCGUCCGUGAGCUUAUCAAGGAUGCCCAGUUUCGACGAGCUAUCGCUCUGUACUUCCUCGGGAAUUAUGCAGAUGCAGAACACCUCCUGAACACGGUUAAGAAGCUGGAUGACAAGGAGAAGAUGUUGCCCAUCUGGACUAUGAAGGUUGCGGCCAAGCUGAAGGACAUUCCUGAAGGUGACGAGAGGAGGCAGGUUACGAUUAAAGACAUUCCUGAUGUUAAUGUUCCGACUGCCUCAUCGACCGCUAAGUCUGCGCCAGCUAAGAGCCAGGACAGCGAGUCAAAGACAGCAGACACGCCCGUAGCACCAAAAGCAGUGGUGCCCACGCCUGCAGACAAGAUCAAGCAUGACUGGUACCAGAACAACGAUAACAUCGUGUUCAGUAUCCUCGCAAAAGGUGUUCCUAAGGACGAGGCGACUGUGGAGAUAUUGAAGGAUUCGCUCUCCGUGACAUUCCCCAUCGGCGAUACGAAGUCAGAAUGGAGCUUCUCCGCUGAUCCCCUUUUCGCGUCCAUCGACCCCGCACAAUCCAUGUACCGGGUGACACCCAAUAAGGUGGAGGUGACGCUACGGAAAGCCAAACCAGGGCUUAAGUGGCACGAUAUCGAGGGCGAUCGUGAGGUCGAGGUGGAAGACGACAAGAAGAGCGCCAUCCCCUCCCACGUCCUCUCGGGCAAGUCCAACCAGGAGUCACCUCCCGUAUACCCAACGUCGUCCAAGUCAGGCGUCAAGAACUGGGACAAGGUGGUAAUGGACGAUCUCGGUGACAAGGACGACAUGGAAGGCGACGAGACCUCUGCGUUCUUCAAGAAACUAUAUGCGGGUGCAGGUGCUGAGCAGCAGCGCGCGAUGCUCAAGAGCUACCAAGAGAGUGGCGGUACAGUGCUGAGUACAGAUUGGGGCAACGUUGGCAGCAGGACUGUGGUUCCCGAGCCUCCAGAGGGUAUGGAGGCGAAGAAGUACUAG